AUGAAUUUACAAGUAAAUGCUGAUUCAAUUUCUAAGCUUGAUGAAGAGCUUACAGAGAUGAAAACUAAGAUGGUAACUAAUAAGCAAUCGAUUGAAGAAAAACUGUCAAACCUUGAAAAUUCGAUUUCAGCAAAUAGGGCUACAGCAACUACAAUGCUACCAGCUACUCGAAGUGCGGCUGAGCUAAUCAUUUCAGGAAUCCCUGAUCCAAUCAUCGAUAAAUUAUCACAUGUGGAUAUUUCAAUACUCUCUCAUCUGAACUUGCCUCACUCAACCAAUGACAUAUUGAGCAGUCGCAAACUUGAAAACAAGACCAAAUCUAAUACUCAUAAGACUGGUAAUGAAGACUCGCCUAACUUGCAUUUGUUCCUAAGGAAAUAUUUAUCUCAACGAAUUCUUACCACCGGAAACUUACAAAUUACUGCUUAUCACCAAGGAAAAGUCCCAGACCAUGAAGUUCAAGUUAUACGAAGAGGUCGUAUUUUAAAACAUGCAGAUAUAGGAAAUUAUAUUAGAGGAGGCGGAGAAGCUUGUUUGAUCCACAAUUCUCUCAGAGUUAAAGUUUUACACAUUUCAGCAUCCAAUCAUUUAAAUCAACCGGAGUUCCUGAUUGUCGAUGUCACCUUAAGAAACAGCUGUCAUCUUCUGUUAUCUUGUAUUUACAGAAGACUAAAAGGAAUGCUACUUACCGAAUUUUUUAAUGUUCAUUCGAAACUUGCGCCUAACUACAAAAAUAUUAUCAUAGCAGGGGACUUGAAUUGCAACUUACUUGAAAACUCUUAUACCGCAAACCACUUGAAAGACUUCAUCAUUGAGUUCUCCUUACAUUGCAUAUCGUACAAUGCUACCUUUCAUAAAAAUGAUUGUGAUUCGUGGCUGGAUGUUAUCUUGAUUGAUAUUGCUACUAAGUUUGUUUCUUUUGCAAAAUCUGAUUCUUCUUUCACCGAUGGUCACGAUUACUUAUUGUGUCAAUACAAAGUGGAUCAACUGCAGCAAAUAAAAAUUUUAAAAACUGACCAGCAAGUUUUAGCAACCUCCUUGUUCAAUUCCUUGACACUGGACAACUCAAUAGUGGAAAACUUAGAUCCAAAUGAUCUUACUAUUUUUAAAUCGAAUGUGCUUUCUACUCUAGACUUACAUGCUCCAGUACUCACUAAAAGCAUUACUCAGCUCACGUUUGCUCGAGAGUCUUACUUGAAGUCUGCUUUAUCUAGUUUACCAUAUGGAUCAACUGUUUGGAGUAAGCUCAGAAAUCUAGGACUUACCAAGUCAAAUUCUUCGUCCCCUCUGAACUUCUUCGAUGCAAGAGAACUCAAUGAAUACUAUGCAAAUAUAGUCAGGAAGCAUGCAACCACCAGCAAGGAAUUUCUGAACAGUCUUCCGACCUGUUAUCAGCGCCAAGUAGAAAGUUCAUUCCAUUGGCAAAAAAUUGACGUCGAUGUAACAAAAGUUCUUCAAUCAACUCUCUCCAAGUCUAAAGGUAAAAGUCCGGAUGGACUUGAUCUGCGGUGGCUAAGAGAUUACAUCCGUCAAAUAAAUUUUUCUUUACUGCCUUGCUCAACAGAUCUCUUGACAACUGCUUUGACCCCCAAUUUUAACUCCAAAUUCGUGUUCAGCGGUAAAAAAUAUGUCGGAAAGCAUAUGUCGCACACCCAGCACAGACCACUUUCUUUUUUUGUGGACCUGUGUAAUCUAUUGCAAGUUUGGACUGUUUGCUGA